AUGGACUGUCACGUUUAGGGUUGACUGUGAAUAAACGGCUGUGACCAGACAAAUUGGACUUAUCUUGUCAGCGACAUCCACCACUAAUAUAGGUAUAGGAGGUCACCUUUAUAUGUUCAAAAUUAUAAAAUGGAUCUACCACCUGUUGCUAAAAAGGAUGAUGUGGUCGGGAAAAAAGAACUGGAUGGGAAUUAUAUAUAUGGUCGCUGGGGACCCUAUCAAGCAUUUCAGGCCGCUUUUGCCCUAUUCCAUAUAUGGCAAACAGGUUUUCAGCUUUUAAUUGGAGUUUUCAUUGCUUACAGACCAGGGUUCCAAUGUGCAGCUUCGGAGUUUGACAAUCAGUCUCUUACAAAUAGUUCUAUGUACAUGACAUACGAAAAAUGUCACCUACAAAUAUACCACAAUGACUCGAAUAUACAUGAUCCAAAACUAAUGGCCACAACAAAGUGUCCAAAUGGGUAUCAAUACACGUUAGAAAAAGACAGCACUAUUGUCACAGAGUUUGAUCUUGUCUGCGACCGAGCAAAUUUAGCAGAACUUCUUCAGACAUUAGUGAUGGCGGGACAACUGGUAGGAGCAGCUUGUGCCUCAUCCCUUAGCGACAGAGUAGGAAGGAAGACCGUCCAUCUUGGCUCUAACCUUUUGACCUUGAUAUUGGGAAUUUCCGUGGCCUUUGCGUCAAAUUAUGCAACACUGGCAGUCAUGAAAUUUGUUCUUGGCGUUUUGCAACAGGGAAUGGUCAUGUCCGGUGUUGUCUUUACGCUAGAACUCUUCCCAGAACAGGGUCGCUUCUACAGUGAAGUGAUAGGCUCCUGUGUCUGGAGCACAGGUCUGAUUAUAAUGUCUGCCAUUGCUUAUCUAUUGCAGAACUACUCCUGGAGAUAUCUUCAAAUUACACUUACCUGUUUUUCAGUUUUGAGUUUGUUCCAAUAUUGGAUUCAAGACGAAUCAUUACGAUGGCUUGUUGCCAACGGGAAAAAGAAAGAGGUGGAAAGAAUAGUACGAAAGGUUGCCAAAUGGAACAAACUUGAUUAUGAGGAUCUCAAGAAGAAUGUUAAAAAGAAAAUGGCAUUAAGGAAUAAGGAAAAAGAAGAAACAGACAAAACGUUGCUGGGCGAACAGCAACAGCUCCAUGUUGUUGAAAAAUACUCCAUUAUUACCAUCCUUAGAAACAAAUCUGUACUCAUCAUUUCCCUCCUGAUGUGUUUCACAUGGGUGACUAACACACUGACAUACUUUGGGCUGACACUCACAGCUACGUCUUUGGCGGGAAAUCGUUUCCUUAACUUUUUCUUCAUGUCCUGUGUAGAAUACAUUUCACUUAUCCUGGAGUACAGCAUGCUACGCCGGUUUGGUAGAAGAACUACCACAAUUUUUUUCCAUUCUCUAACUGGAACAUCAUUGGCUCUUGCCACCCUGUUGAAAUACUUUUCAGAUGGAGAUGGAACGCUCAUACUACUAUCAGUUUUGGCGACCUUUGCCGGGAAGAUGUCUGUGACCGGAUCAUUUAGUGUGCUAUUUCUCUUUACUCCUGAACUUUUUCCCACAAAUCUUAGGAAUGUCGGUAUAGGUAUGUGUUCAACAUUCUCUAGGAUUGGUGCCAUGAUAUCGCCUUUCGCUGGAACUUUGGCACGAGCUGUACCUUGGGCCCCGGGAACCAUUUUUGCUCUGAUGUGUUUUAUUGUCACAAUUAUUGCCUUGUAUUUACCGGAAACACGUGGAAUGGAUUUACCUCAGACUCUGGAUGAAGUAAAAAGAUGGUACGCAGAAAACAGUGGACUUCGCCUGCGUAAAAGUCGGAAGAAAGAAAGCAAUGUUUAUGAAGACUUUGCUGUUCCUCUAGCAGUGGCAUCCAAAGACCAAAUGGAAAUUUAGAAAGGAAAAAUUCUUCAUGUGAUACAAUAGAACCAUGUCAAAAUGUAUCUAAAAUUUCAGGAUUGGCAUUUCUACUUUUCUUACUUUCUGAAAAAAUUUCCAGAGGUAUCUUUAACCGGGGUUUCCACAGAAAGAAAUCCGGUUAUUGAAAUUGUGAAAAUGACUGGCGGCUGCCAAAAGGGUGGAUAACUACAACAGUUUUCAAGAUAAAAACUUUUUCACAGAUACGUGUAUCAUAGAUGUGCAAAGUAAAAGUACUAGAAUUUAGA